CCAGCGUUGCCGACAGAGAAAUCGAGAUCCAAAAUCAUUUUAACGUGGCCCACGACACCCCGUUACCCAUCAGAUUUCCCAACUUAUCCAAGAUCCAGCCUUUAUAGAUCCAAAAAAAGAUGACUUCUUCCCAUUAACAGAUUCAUCAAAGUUGGAGUCUUUUAAGCUAUAUAAUUUACACAAAUAGCCAUGUCAAGAAGACCAGGUAAUCCCACAAGGCGAUUUGUGGUUGGUGGAAGCAACCCACUAGGGGGGAUUUUUCAUUCUAAAUCAAAAGCUUCUCCUCUAUUAUCCAUUGUACUUGUGUUACUUGGAACUGUCCUUGUGAUUGGGUAUGUUUAUCGGGGCUCAGGUGGAUCCGGGGACUAUAAAACAUUUAGCAAGAUUCAAGGUGACUUUAGUUGUACGUUUGAUGUUCACACUGCAAUUCCCAUUUUAAAGAAAACGUAUGGUGAUAGCAUGCACAAAGUACUGCAUGUGGGGCCCGAUACUUGCUCAAUAGUGUCUGAGUUGACAAAAGAAAAGGACACUGAAGCAUGGGGAGUUGAACCGUAUGAUAUAGAAGAUGCUGACGUCUCAUGUAGGAGUCUUGUGCGAAAGGGACUUGUUCGUGUUGCUGACAUCAAGUUCCCUUUGCCUUAUAGGGCUAAGUCAUUUUCUCUCAUUAUAGUUUCGGAUUCGGUUGAUUAUUUAUCUCCUAAAUACCUCAACAAAACCCUUCCCGAUUUGGCAAGAGUUUCUGCUCAAAAUCUUGUUAUAUUCACAGGUAAACCGAGUAGUUCAAAAACUAAACUCCAACAAGCAUCAAAAUUUGGACGACCGGCUAAAAUGCGGAGUGCAUCAUGGUGGGCAAGGUUUUUUGUUCAAACAAGUCUUGAGGAAAACGAAGAUGCAGCAAAGAAGUUUGAAAAGGCUGCUUCCAAGAGUUCAUAUAAGCCAAAAUGCCAAGUUUUCCACUUGAAUUCUUACCAUUGAUCUAACGAUUUUAUAAUCAUUUUGAGAAAUAUAGAUUAUAUAUAAUUAUUUAUAUAGUUAUGUUGUUCGUGGUUUAAUUUGGUGGAAGAUGUUAAUUCCAUCACCACCUUUAUGUUGUUUCUUAUUUUACUAAUUCAUUGGAAUUGGAAUUGUAUGACCCCGAUUCAAUAGUUGUAUCAUUAUUUCAUUUAAAAUGA